AUGCGUGGCCUCCAGAUAGUCGAGUUUGGCAAGCCCUACGUGUUGAAUGAGCAUAUUCCCGUGCCUGUCCCGGGCAAAGGAGAGAUAUUGAUCAAGAUUGCCGUCGCUGGAUACUGUCACACCGAAACAAUGGUCCUCCGGGGCGAUUUUGCCGCUCUAAUCCCCUGGGACCCCCUACCCCAAAUCCCAUCGCACGAAGCAGCAGGCUACAUCGCCGCCAUCGGCCCAGGCGUGUCCGACAACUGGAACGUGGGGCAGAGGGUCGCAUGCUUGAAUUAUAGGGGAUGGUGUGGUACAUGCGAGGACUGCGGGAAGGGAAUGCAGCUGUAUUGUGAUAAUCUCAAGAGUAACGGCACGACGGUGGAUGGCGCGAUGGCGGAGUAUAUGCUCGCAGACCCAGGCAGCACCCUCAUUCUCCCCGACAACGUACCUUUCGAGAAAGCUGCGCCGCUCAUGUGCGCCGGCGCAACCAUCUACUCGGGUGUAAAGCGCGCGGGCCUCAAGGCGGGGCAGGUGAUGGCCAUCGUUGGCGUUGGCGCGCUCGGGCACCUAGGCGUGCAGUUCGCCAAGUGCUUGGGGUACAAGGUCGUUGCAGUUGAUGCGAGGGAAGCACCAUUAGAGCUUGUGAGACGGUUGAAACAUCCCCCUGACAUCACGAUCAAUUCCACCGAGGGGUACAAAGGGGCGCUCGCCAAGAUCCCUUGGCCUAUCGACGCAACGCUCGUUGCAACCGACGCUAUCCCCGCGUACGACUUCGGGCUCGAGAUCACGCGCAAGCACGGCCUGUUCGUCGACGUUGGCCAGCCGUUCGACCCCAUACCUGUACAUUACAGGCACUUGAUAUGGAGGAACAUUCAAGUGGUGGGCGUCAGUUUAGGUACGAUGGAGAACACGCGCGAAAUGGUCCAGCUGUUUGCGGACAAUGAUCUCGAGUGCAGUACGCGGGUGUAUGCGAUGGAGGAGAUCGAGAAGCUUAUCGAGGACACGCACGAUAGGAACAUGGCAGGCAAGAUGGUUGUUAAGAUAUCGGAUUGA